AUGAAAGACCAGCUGACAACUGUGAAUAGUACAGUGACACCAUGGAGAGACAGGUGGCAGCUAGGAAAGACUGGCAUAAGGGUAAACUGUCCCAGCAAGUCAGUUUACGUUCUUCGUAAGAAGAAACCCGAGCAAGCUACAGAAAGACAACACAAGAAAUACCCCCAAGGUCGUACGAGAGUGGGGGAGGAUGAUCGACCUACAAGCCAACAGGUAACGAACACGCCCGAUCAACCGACAACGAAUCAGAACACGGACUGGGCAAGAACAUGUAGUUGUGGGAAGGUGUGUAAGAAUAAGGUGGGACUGAAGAUUCAUGGCACAAAGAUGGGGUGCGCACCAAUCCUAAAUCUGUUGCAACGCGCAAGGCAACUUGGUGAGACGGAGGAGGAGCUGGAUCAGGAUGAACACAUCAGUGUCCAGAGCCCCCACGCAUCAGAAGAGAAUGAGGUAACCAUUGAUAACGCAGAGAGGACUGAAGAUCGAGCUGCAGUAGAAUCUACAGAGCGGCGGAAGAAAGUGAUGUGGCCCGCAAGUACAGAGAGAGCGAAGUGGAAGGCGUUUGAAGAGGAGCUGGAACUGGUGAUGGAGAACGUUCUGAAAGGCAAAGUAGAGAGCAAGCUGCAUGUCAUGUCUGAGCUGAUCUACACAUUUGGAAAAGAGCGAUUCGGAACAGCUAAAGAGAAAGUCGGACAACCCAAGGUUGGCGGGAAUAGAAGACUGCAGAAGAUUUUCAACCUAAGGGGAGAACGCUUGAAAAGCAGAUACAGACAAGCAGAGGAAGAGGAGAAACAAGGUCUGGCAGAACUGAGAGAUGAUGUACGGAAGGAGAUCCAGUGUUUACGGAGAGCAGAGAAUCUGCGCCGGAAGAGACACGAGAGAAGGCGAAAGAGAGCUCAGUUUACUAGCAAUCCAUUUCAGUUUGUGAAGCGUUUGCUCGGAGAAAAGAAGACAGGCGAACUUCAAUGCACAAAAGAGGAGGCAAACAAGUACAUCAAAGAUAUGUACAGUGACAGCGACCGUCACAAGGAACUGGGCGAGUGCGACAAGUUGCUCACACCAGAUGAUCCUGAACAUGACUUUGAUUGCGCAGAACCUAGGUUGCAAGAAGUCAAGGACAUUGUAAGGAAGGCCAGAGCGUCUUCAGCACCAGGACCCAAUGGAGUACCGUACAGAGUAUACAAGAACUGCCCCAAGAUCUUGCUACGGUUGUGGAAGCUUAUAAAGGUUGUUUGGAGGAAAGGAGAGCUUUGCAGAGAAUGGCUGAAGGCAGAGGGAUGUUUUAUUCCUAAAGAAGAGGAUUCGUCAACCCUUGGUCAAUUCAGGACUAUCUCUUUGCUGAACGUGGAAGGGAAGAUACUCCUCGCUGUCCUUUCAAAAAGAAUGACCUCUUAUUUGCUUCAGAACAAGUACAUAGAUACAGCUGUGCAGAAAGGAGGAGUACCCGAUGUAUCUGGGUGCAUCGAGCAUACCAGUGUCAUCACCCAAAUCAUCAAGGAAGCACGCGAGAACAAAGGAGACAUCGCAGUGAUCUGGCUUGACCUAGCAAAUGCAUAUGGUUCUGUUCCGCAUCAGAUGAUACAAAAGACUCUACAAUUGUAUCAUGUACCCGUUCGAUUUCGGCAGAUGUUGCGGCACUAUUUCGACUGCUUCAUCAUGAGAUUUUCAACAAGGGCAAUAACCACUGACUGGCAGAGACUUGAAGUAGGCAUCAUUACCGGGUGCACAAUUUCAGUGGUGCUGUUCGCAGCAGCCAUGAAUCUGAUAGUGAAGUCAGCGGAGAAGCCAUCAAGAGGACCCAAAAUGACUUCGGGGUGUAUCCAACCACCAACGAGGGCAUUUAUGGACGAUAUGACUAUUACAGCAAAGUCGUACGUCGAGGGAAGGUGGAUGCUGCAAGACAUUGGCGAACUUAUCGAGUGGGCCAGAAUGAAGUUCCCAGAAAUCAAGGAGCAUGGUUUUGAGGAAAGGAAAGAUUCAAGAGAGUGCAAGAUAUAG